CCGAGCCUGGGCCCGGGCGGCGGGGAUGGUGCUGGAGGCUCUGCGGCCGCGGGCCGUGCGCUGGGCGCUGCUGCUCGCCUUCGGGGCCGGCGUGCUGGUGGGCUGGCAGGGGGGACGCGCCCGGCGCCGCUUCCUGCGCUGGCGCCAGCGCUGGCUGCAGAGCCGGCUGGAAGCCGCCCAGAAGCAGCUGGAGGCGGCCUGAGGCGGGGAGGAGCCCGCGGUGGGUCCCGCCGGGUCCGCGGCUGGACCUCCUUCCUGGGGGUCUGCUGCGGGGGUGCCGUCCGGCGGGCUGGCCUCGGGGGGACGCGGAGCCGCUUUGGGAAAGGGCUGGUGGAAUCCAAGCGCUUGCCGGGAAAAGGCCAAGCACGUCCCGGGGGCGCCGGGGCCGCUCUCCUGCCCUGCAGAAAACGGGAUCGGAACUGCGUCGGACGGACCUAAGGAAGUGCCGAGGAGGUGGCAACGCGAACACCGCGUGUAUUUCUGCGCGUCCCUGUUGUCCUUCCUGGAAUCCUGCGGCCGGGGGGCGCGGCCCUGCCCCUGCCCGGCAGCGCUGCCGGCAAGCUAAACCGGCAGAAGUCACGACGUGACUGUUCCUGGGUGUGUUUGUUUCGCUUAUUAGCAAAAAGCCGUACCUUUCGGGCGCUGGUAAUGACUGGUGAAUCUCAUUAGGAGAGCGUGCCGUGGGGAAGAAGCCUGUGGGGACAAUUAAGUGGUGAAACGGCUGCAUGCAUGAGCAGGUUAAGGAAAGGAUGGUUGUGCCUUGGACUCUUGGGACAAGGAACUGUGGCGACGGGUGUAGCACGUUCCUUCUUCCCCUCCCACCACGAGAAAAUGUAUUUCCCUGAGUCUGAGAGAAGGGGGUGGCCCUACAUCGACUGCCCUGGAGGAUUUGCUUCAGACUGUACAGCCUGCUGGUUUUCAACUGUUAUUACUGAACUGUGACAGCUUUGGGGGGGGGGGGGUAAUAAUUAAAAAAAAAAGCUGAUUUGUAGCCAA